AUGACCGAUCCUGCUUCUCGUAGCAGAAGUCAGAGCUUGCAAUAUAGCUUACAUGGGAGUCAGCAGCGAACGUCCCCGGAUAAUUCAGCCCAACGGCGCGUUUCAGUAGAAAGCUUUAGUGAUCAAAAACACUCUCAAGAUAGCUCCUCGCCGAGAAGGUCCUCUAGACGCAUUUGCGGCGCAAUGUAUUUCUCCAACUUUAAAAGACCAAAUGAAACCAAGGAUAACGUACAGGCUCGAAAAAAUACCUUCGAGAACACGUACCGUCGAGAGCCAAAGACUCGCUUUCCGGAGGUAAAGGUAAAAGCGGUGCUUAACGAGGUUCUGGAGAAGUUAGAAAGCCAUACCUACAGUCCCACGCAUUCACCGUUUCUUGCCAAGUUGCUGAGUACUAGAGUGUUGGAAAACGUGAAGCGACUGAAUAUUGAACGAUACAAGAUAGUAUGUUUAGUUACUAUUGGUUCCAAGGCGUCACAGGGCUUACGAAUCGCCAGCCGAUGUUUAUGGAAUGAUCAGUUUGAUACUGUUGUAAGUGCUAGCUUUGAGACAAAGGAUUUCUUUGCCGUGGGCACUGUUUACGGCAUUUAUUAUGAAUAA